AUGACUGACUGUCUGCCCUAUCUACUCCUCUCAGAAUUUUAUAAACUUCUGUCAGGUUCUCAGAUGAUCACAAUUUGGGGGAGGUUGAAAGCCGUCUGUGCUAUCGUCCUCAUCAAUUGUUUCAUCAUUGCCUGGAUCGUCAGCACUACGACUUUUGGUUAUUCAAUCAACGACACUUUAAUUGAUGCCUUGCAGUUCGUUGGCCUGAUGUUGCCAUUGGUGAAUGUUCUGCUUCUGUUUUACUUGAUCUACAAGAAGAAGUAUUAUGAUUGGGUGAUCUUCCAGACUAGUUUCUUUAACCUGAUAUUCUUACUUGGCAUUUCUGUCAGCAAUUCGAUUUCAGGUUUUUACAGCAAGGACACUGUCACAUUUGCUGCGUCAAUCACAAUGGUGGUGUUGCUUGUAGUGGCUUUUAUUUCAUUUGCGAUUCUUUGGUGGAAAGUAUUUUGGUAUGAAGAUGAUGAUACAUUUCAAAGAUGGAUGUCGGUCUAUAAUGUUGGUUUUCUCAUUGUUGUCGUCAUUGCGACAAUUACCUGGAUGGCAUUUAAAGGCCUCAGACCAGAGGAUGUAGGAGUUGCCAUUACAUCGAUGGUGGGACUGGUGUUUUCUGCAGCAUAUGCUAUUAUAUUCACGUGCUGGUCAUGGAAAGGAUCUCCAGACGACAAGCAGUGGUGGUGGUGCCUGAAUAUUUGUAACAUUGUGGCUCUUGUCUUCAUCCUCAUUGCCCUCAUUUGCUGGAUUGUGACUAAAGGCAGAAACGAAGGAACUAAUGAGAACAACCGUGCUGAGAUAGAAAAGGAUCAUGGAGAAAAGCAGGAAUUACAAACUCUCAGCCCAGGUCACGAAGCUGAACCGGAAAAUCAUCCGGCCAGUUAGAAGGGACACAGCAGCCUUCAGUUCCAGAGGUGACUGUGAGGGCAGGUUCUGUGUCCCUGCUGUAGACUGGAGCCUGGAAAAUCCUUCCCUCCAACAGUGGGAACAUGGUGCUCUGCAGCUGUAACUUGUCUCACCCUGAGUGAGAACAACACUGCACUCAUUUCAGCUCUCAGCUUCCAGUGACCCUUCAUCCCGGAUCAUUAACCCUGAGUAUAAUAAUGAGGCCGGCAUCAUCCAACUCGGAGUGACACAUCAGUGAUGAGCAUUUUCUUCAUCAAUCUACAAACAUCCAACAAUUACUCCUGAGCCACUCUGAGAAGGGUCACAUAUUCACACAGCACAGAAACAGGUCCUUCGGCCCACCAAGUCCAUGCUGAUCUUGUUACCCAUCUCCACAGAUCCCAUUUGCAAUCAUUGUGGGAUCUGCAUCAAAUUUGUCAUUUUCCUGCCCAGAUUGUCUGCUGUUAGUCAAACUGAGGACAUUGUGUAGACUCCACCCCACCUUUGUGUUGUUGUAUCAGACUAAACCGGUGAAUCCAAGCCCAGAAAUUCUUUCCAUUUUGUACAAGUAUUAAAACUGCUCUGGAUGUUACACUAAUGCUGUCAUCAGAAAUCCCAUAAAGAUUGUGAUUUUCCCCAGUACAGCACUUCCUCACAAAGUCUCUUCCAUUUCUGUACAGUGAGCAGUGAAACUGCAAUAAAACUCUGAGUUUGAAUAUUGUAUUGGAGGGUGAUUUUGGGAUAUUUUAAUCCUAUACUGUGUGUACAUGUGUACAUUUGUAUUUUAAACAUGUUACCUGAUGCCUCUUUCUGAUCAUUGCUGAUUAAAUAAACUGCUUCUGUUUAGCUGUUGGUGAUAAUUCUUUAAUGGGAUCAGCCUAAUUAUGGGAUAAUUUACAA